AUGGGAGUGACGGGUCCUGAGGUGAUGGGAGUGGUGGGUCCUGAGGUGAUGGGAGUGACGGGUCCUGAGGUGAUGGGAGUGGUGGGUCCUGAGGUGAUGGGAGUGGUGGGUCCUGAGGUGAUGGGAGUGACGGGUUCUGAGGUGAUGGGAGUGGUGGGUCCUGAGGUGAUGGGAGUGACGGGUCCUGAGGUGAUGGGAGUGAUGGGUCCUGAGGUGAUGGGAGUGACGGGUCCUGAGGUGAUGGGAGUGGUGGGUCCUGAGGUGAUGGGAGUGGUGGGUCCUGAGGUGAUGGGAGUGACGGGUUCUGAGGUGAUGGGAGUGACGGGUUCUCAGGUGAUGGGAGUGACGGGUUCUCAGGUGAUGGGAGUGGUGGGUCCUGAGGUGAUGGAUCCUCAGGUGAUGGGAGUGACGGGUUCUCAGGUGAUGGGAGUGGUGGGUCCUCAGGUGAUGGGAGUGACGGGUCCUGAGGUGAUGGGAGUGACGGGUUCUGAGGUGAUGGGAGUGAUGGGUUCUCAGGUGAUGGGAGUGAUGGGUUCUCAGGUGAUGGGAGUGGUGGGUCCUGAGGUGAUGGGAGUGGUGGGUCCUGAGGUGAUGGGAGUGAUGGAUCCUCAGGUGAUGGGAGUGACGGGUUCUCAGGUGAUGGGAGUGACGGGUUCUGAGGUGAUGGGAGUGGUGGGUCCUGAGGUGAUGGGAGUGAUGGAUCCUGAGGUGAUGGGAGUGGUGGGUCCUGAGGUGAUGGGAGUGGUGGGUCCUGAGGUGAUGGGAGUGACGGAUCCUCAGGUGAUGGGAGUGACGGGUCCUCAGGUAAUGGGAGUGGUGGGUCCUGAGGUGAUGGGAGUGGUGGGUCCUGAGGUGAUGGGAGUGAUGGAUCCUCAGGUGAUGGGAGUGGUGGGUCCUGAGGUGAUGGGAGUGAUGGGUUCUGAGGUGAUGGGAGUGACGGAUCCUCAGGUGAUGGGAGUGACGGGUCCUCAGCUCUUUGCGUGGAAGAAUGAUAGACACACCGACACAGACUCACAGACUAAUGCUCACGACUAUACAGUCUCACAGACUUACAGACUCACAGACUCACAGAGCACAAUGGAAUCACAACCUCUUCUUGGUUCCUAG